AUGACAAAGAUUGUGGGUGCUCGCUGUUGUGUUCUCGCCGGAGAAGAAGAAAGUGGUGCUGAACGCCCAGAGGGGCUGAUCUCCCAAGAACAGGGGAGAGACCAAUGGCAGGAGGGGCACUUGUCAGAGAGGAAGCUGAAGCAGCAGCAUCGACGGUGCCUACUAACGGUGGUUCGAAAGAACGUUUGGGGUGAACUCCACCUAUCUUUGCUUGAGUUUCUUAAUUACUUGGAUUUGAGCAAUCAUGACUUCCGCGCUAUUGUCCAAAAUGAUCAUGUGGAUAUCACAAACUCUACCAACCUAUCUCUGGUUGAACGCCAAAAUUCUUCCAAUCUUCAUUAUCUCAGUUUAUCCAAUAAUGAAGAUCUUCACUUUGAUAAUCUUCAUUGGCUUUCUUGUGUUCCCUUCUUGGAAUAUCUUGACUUCAGUGGGAUAAAUCUUCAAGGAGAACUUGACUGGCUUCAAUUAGCAACUCUACUUCCCUCCCUCACAGAGCUAUAUUUGGAAAGUUGUCAGCUUAGAAACAUAAAUCCAUCUCUCCAGUUUAUCAAUUUUACUUCGCUUGAGGUUCUUAUCCUCACUAGUAAUGAAUUUAGCUGUGACUUCUUUCCCAACCGGUUGUUCAAUCUUAGUGGUGUCGCUGUUCUCAACCUGCGCUCAAAUUAUUUCGGAGGGGGGUUCCCAGAGGGUUUAUUGAACCUCCGGAAAACACAAGAAUUGUCUGUGGGGGACAAUAGACUCAGUGGGCCAAUUCCCGACUGGUUAGGACAACUUGAACAUUUACAACUUCUCGAUCUCAGUGAAAAUUUCUUUUCUGGCCCCGUUCCUUCGACUUUGGGAAAUCUGUCAUCCUUGAAAACCUUUAUUGUCAGGUCUAAUCACUUGAGUGGUGCUCUUCCUAUAAGUCUUGGACAACUCUUGAAUUUGGAGGAACUAGAUUUUAGUGAUAAUAACUUGACGGGGUGA